AGACGCCGGUGUAUCUACCUCCGCUUCGCGCCCCGCCCCCGCCUCCGCCUCGGCCUCCGCCUCCUCCUCUAUCUCCCGCCGUCUGCCGCCCCUCUGCGGCCCCGGGAGCGGCCGCGGAGCCGCCACCCAGACGCUGUCGCACGGGAGGCGGGAUCCGCACGAAAUAAUUCAUAAUGAGUUAUGCAGAAAAGCCGGAUGAAAUAACCAAAGAUGAAUGGAUGGAAAAGCUCAAUAACUUGCAUGUUCAAAGAGCAGACAUGAACCGACUCAUCAUGAACUACCUAGUCACAGAGGGUUUUAAGGAAGCAGCAGAGAAAUUUCGGAUGGAGUCUGGGAUCGAACCAAGUGUGGACCUAGAAACACUUGAUGAGCGCAUCAAGAUUCGGGAAAUGAUUCUGAAGGGUCAGAUCCAGGAGGCCAUCGCCUUGAUCAACAGCCUCCACCCAGAGCUCCUAGACACCAACCGGUAUCUUUACUUCCACCUUCAGCAACAACACUUGAUUGAGCUUAUCCGUCAGCGUGAGACAGAAGCAGCUUUGGAGUUUGCCCAGACACAACUGGCAGAGCAGGGUGAGGAAAGCAGAGAAUGCCUCACAGAGAUGGAGCGCACAUUGGCCUUGCUGGCCUUCGAUAGCCCUGAGGAGUCGCCUUUUGGAGACCUCCUCCACAUGAUGCAGAGGCAAAAGGUAUGGAGUGAAGUUAACCAGGCUGUUCUGGAUUAUGAGAAUCGAGAGUCCACACCCAAGCUGGCAAAAUUACUGAAACUGCUACUUUGGGCUCAGAAUGAGCUAGACCAGAAGAAAGUAAAAUAUCCCAAAAUGACAGACCUCAGCAAAGGUGUGAUUGAGGAGCCCAAGUAGAGCCUGUGCACGGACCCAGCACUGUCAAUAGGCACAGGACUCUCCCUCCUUCCAGCUGUGACUGGCAGAUUGUCACCACAGUAGAAAACCUUUUCCCCUGUACUUUUCUUUGGCCCUGUUGUUUGAAAGGGGAAAAUGGCCUUUUUAAACACUGGCAAACCCGUGAUGGAAGACACCACCUCUGCCAUGCCCUGUAUCCUGAGUGCUGCACACACUGCAGUUGACUAUACCUGUGCUUCCAGAUUGCUGGUUCCAGAAGAUGUAAUUUGCCACUGUGUGCUGCACUGCUAGGGAGUGUCAUCUCAGAUGAAGACCUCACACAGGACAGCAUAUGAACAUUAUUAAUGUGCUUUUUCGACCUGCUAUGUGCAGGCAGGCUGGGUUUUAUCUUCCUGGGUCUCACCAGACCUUCAUGGCUUUCCUGACCCCUUCUUUUCUUUUUCUUCCUCAUUUUGUUCCUUCAUAGGAAAAAAAAAAAUGUAUAAAUUUGUAAAUCUUAAUUCAAAGAUAACUUUUGUGUGGGUAUUGAGUUUGGAUUGGUUUUUUUUGUUUUUGUUUUUGUUUUUUUGUCUUGGUGUGGGCUGUGAGGCUUUUGGGAGGGGAUGUGUGUGUGAGAGGUGAGGCUGUGGUGUUUACUUUUUUAUUUUUUUUAAAUAUAUUUUUGGUGCUGUAUGUGAUGAGAGACUCAUUCAUAGUGGAUCAAUGAAUAAUUUCUUGUAGGUAACUUUAUUUGAAAAUAAAGAUUUCCUUUUACUUCCAGAAUAACCACAAUGGCUUCUAAAAAGUUCUCAUCUCACACAGCCCUUGUUUUGGGUGUCCUUUACCUGGCACAGGGGCAGCACCUUAACUCACAGCUGGCAGACUAAUUGCCGUGUGCCUAGGGAAUGCCCUUCGUAAUAAACAGCAAGGCAGCCUGGUGUUGAUGGGAUGACCGGGUGGUCUCAAGUGUCACCCAGUGGAUGUUAAUGCCAGCCAGAUUGAACUUCAAGUCAUUUCUUAUCUCUUCAUUCAGUGUCAGCAGUGCUGUGUGUCCUGCUUCUCAUCAGCUAUUUUUUUACCUGCUCAGUGGAAGGCAGAAAAGACAUUACCUGUAGGGUAUGGUAUGCAUAUGUAGGUCGGUGCUCUGAGUGAUGAGUGUAUACAUGUAUUGUGCCUGACACAGAUGUGUUUGGUUGAUUUUUGGCAGUGGUCCAGGCCUGAUGGGGUCAGUGUUAAAGGCUGGGGUGGGGGUGCACAAACCUGCAGAGCCCUCAGACAGUUAUCCAUGGAUGUGGAUGGUGAAGAUGAUGUGGGUACUGUCCUUUGGUGGAAGUUCCUGCCUGUCUGACACUAGAGCCAGAAAUUCUGAUACUGGCCACUAAGAAACACUGUUCUUAAUAAUUACUGAAUUGGGAUUCUUUCCCUUGUUCUUGAGCAAUAUUGACUAGCUAGGUCAGACUAAUAAGUUUAUUCAAAAGUUUGCUGGCACCUGAGCUGCUCAGGUAACACAGCUGACCAGCUGUCUCUAUCCUGUUCCCUACUUCAGUAUUGUUCAUCAGUAUCUGUUUUUUACCCACAGGAUUCUGUUCUUGUUGGGAUGGAAUGAAGUGUCUUCCAGCUCUCUGCUGCUGCUGCAGAGGGCAGGUGAUUUGGCAGUAUUGUCCUUAGGAUCACAUUAGUGACAGACUCAAGGAUGAAGUUGUUGCUGUCAUUAUGACCCUCUACUGCUCUUCUGGUCUGUGAGUAAGGAAUGAGCAGAGCUUUCCUUACCUCCUGGACAGGUGGCUUUUAAACAUCGUGAGAUGUAACCUCCCAUCUGGUGUAAGGAUAAGAAUAAGUAGAAGAGUUUCAGGAGAGACAGGUCUUUGGUUAAAAAGACAUGACGAAUAAUCAUGAAGACCAGAGUCCAGCACCCACAAAAAUCAGGCACCCCCCCAAAUUCCUGUAACUUCAGUUCCAAGGAAUCUGAUGUCCUCUUUGGCCUCCACAUACACAUAAGCAGGCAGGCACAAGAACACACACACACACACACACACAUCUUUUUUUAAGGCAGAGGGAAAAGAAGUUUUAAUUUUCAGGUAGCUAAUAGAUUAAAUGAAGCAGAAGUUGGGAAGGAGUAUCAGAGAUUCAGUGUUUCUUUUUAAAGCACCAUAUAAAGCCAGGCAUGGUGGCUCCUGCCUGUAAUUACAGCAUUUUUGAGGAAGGGUUUUUCCAGUCCAGCCAAGGCUAUAUUAUAUAGAAGAUUUUGGUUUUUUUCGAGACAGGGUUUCUCUGUGUAGUCCUGGCUGUCCUGGAACUCACUCUGUAGACCAGGC